ACGCAAUUUGUUGAUUUAUCAACGUAACCAAGGAUAAGAUAUUCAACAGCCCCAAUAAAUAUUCGCAAGAUGCAGUAUACAGGCGUCGCCAUGACCUCCAUGAAGUUUGGAAAUCUUCAUCCUCUUCCUGACUUAAGCGUUUCGAAAGAUUUCUUCAACCGGAAACCCUUCAUUUGUCGCAGCUGGAGCAGAAGAGAGCAAAAGCUCCAAGCCCCAAGGGUCGCUGACGAACUUGAGCAUAAGAUUGUUCAACCCUUCUCCGCAGAAUUCCAUCAGGUGCUAGAGAAAGAGCGCGCAAAUAGCACAGGGUUCCAUGAUCUCAAUCUGCUUGAAUUGAUUUAUCAAAUCAGCCUGGAGGCUGCUGGUGAGAUUCUAAUUGCUGCUACUAAGAAUGGCAAUGUGAGGAAUCAGGAGUUCGAGUACCACUCCUCUCGCGCAGGUCGCGAUGACCAUUUAGCACCCUGGGGCAAGCUCCUCACCGGUUUGGUUUGCGACCCUCCCAUCAUUUCUAUAUUUCCCUUCUAUCUCAUGAUGUGUCAGUCUUUUGGCUUAGAGACACUUACGGCACAAGAGAAUUAUGUUUACGCCACUCUCACAGGUGUCGACUGGCUCAAAGGGAAAACCAAAUGGAGUGAACGGUUUGCAACUUUUGAGCAAAAUGCUCGCGCUGCUGUCCCUCGUCUUGAGGAUAAACACUCGGGAAAAGAUCGGUCUUUCUGGCGCGUUGCUCUUGCUUACCUUCAGGCCGUGAACAACACCGAACAUGCCAGAGAGUUCACUGCACCUCACCAUUCAUAUAUCGUCACCAACAUGAAUCCCGACAUCCUGAUAGCUGUCCGUGGCUUUGACACAAUCGGGUGUGCCUAUAUGUGUAGUGAUGGUGCAACUUAUCUUGACGGCCCUGGAAUGGAUUCCCUUAUCGGAUCCGCAGUACCAAACGACGUCAUGGAUUUUCACACCGAUAUACUGACGGGAGAGACUCGCAAUCUGCUCCGCCUAUUAUACCCCAAUGGUCAGAAUAUCGAAAAUUCGAUUGCAACAAUGUCUACGGUUCUCUCUGGCAUGUUAUGUGAGCUCUUCCGCGGCCACAAGCGCGCUCGAUUCGGCGGUCGAGAGGAUGGCCGCAUCGCCGCCACAUCUCCACCGUACAGUUUCUGUCGUGCCCGACACCGAAAGAUCUUCGAGAUCUUGGAAGCAUACAUUGCGAAUUAUCCCAAGUUUUGGGACUGGACAUGGCAAAUUUACGAUCAAGCAAAGGAUCAGAUUACUGAAGCUGGUCUUGACGAACCCCUCGUCAAUGCGCUCAAGAGAGCUAUCAAUCAGACAGCACUCUCCGAUUCGAAGCGCAACAAUUUCUUUAGAGAGUACUUCGAAAUAAUUGAAAAGCGCGAAGGACAGCCGCAGGGGAAACAGAAUCUGGGUGUUCAAGGCGAGCUCGGAAAGAUCGUCCAUGAGAUCAACUCUCUGUGGCACGCCCAGCUCCUGUCCAGUGACAAGAAGCCUGGCUGGGGACAUGAUUUUGACGAGAGGUCUGAUGCUCUCCUCGGACGGGCGGGUGAGAUCCUUACCUCCAAGAAUGGCAUCGACAAGCUGUACCGAUUUUCAAUCGCUUACGGUCGCUUAAGCAUGGCCUUGCCAUAUAUUGCAUACCACACAGUCGGUGCUAUUAUUCUAACGUUUGGGGUGGUUCCGUUGCAGUAGGAGUAUAUGGUGAAGUAAUAGGAUAUAUCUGGGCGCAUCUAACUAUCUCAAUUCACAUUGCCAAGUCAAAACAAAA